AUGGUGCGAUCAAAGCCAAAGAAGCAGAAGGGCGAUGAUGCUUUUAAGAAACGGGUCCAGAAAGUUGGCCGCAAAAAGCUUGCACCAGCAACGGCGACACGUGCGGAGGUUCACGCGCGGACGCUGCGAAUCUCCACCGCAGCCUCUAUUGCGCGUGCAAAUAUCAGCAUCAGCGGAAGCGACGCCCAUUCUUCCGAGAAUCAGCUUGAUCACGGCGAACAUACCAAAGGAAAAAAAGCAGUCCUACCCACGCGAAGCUUCGCCGAACUUCUCGCGAAUACGAACCACUACCGAGCUUCCAACCGCGCGUCUGCGUUUGAGUCAAUGUCGCGGCUGUUAGCCCUUCAAGAGGCUGACGACGUUCAGAAACGCGCACGUCUCGAUCCGUUCGCAGGGUUUAUUUCCACCCGAAGUAACAAUAAUAACCCUAAUACUUCUAGUACUACUAAUAAUAAUAAACUACCCAUUAGUGUCCCGAACAACAGGGACAAUGCCCGUCCUCACGAGGUGACCCCGUUGCAAAAAUUGAAGGCCUUCAUGUCUGCACUGGACGCUCUGACGGACACAGAGGAGGAGGUGCGGCAGGCGGCAUUGGGCAGUCUUCGCGUGAUUCUACGUAACCAGUGGCUCGUGAUCGCCGCGGCUGGGGAUCCUCGGCGAGGGAGCUCAGCUCAAAGCCCUGGCGUUGGUGAAGCGGAGAUGGAUCACAUUCGCUCCAUCCUCCACACCGUUCAUAUCACCUUGACCCAUGCGCUUAAGCCGGUCCGCCUGAGCGGAGUUGAGCUCUUGGCAUUGCUGUUGGAGUACGGUGAGCCCGCGGCGCUACGUCGAGCCGCCCGAGAGGUUUCCCGAGCGCAGCAGUUCGUCCUCCAAGCUGAGCCUACCGAAGGCGAUCACACCCUACGCCGGCAACCCCACGCGGUAGGGGAAACAGACGCCAAGGCAAGCGAAGUCGGUCAGAACUUCCUACAGGAGCAGACAUGGAUACUGGCCUUGGUCCGGCGCGUUUCGAUGCUGGUGUUGCGCACCAAGCAAAUCUACGUGCUGCCGGCGCUUCUUUCGGUUUUUCUCAUGUCGAGCGAAACCGAAGCGAACGUGAUAGGCGGGCUACCUCUUGAAUCCGUACCGAAUGAGGAAGAGAGCGACACAUUGGAUUCGAAUUGGAUUUAUCCGUUCUCUAACGGGAUACGGUGUGCUGCGCCCGAUUGGCAUCAUCCCGAGUUAGUCUUGGACCUUUUCAAGGAACUUCUUCCACAGUGGGCAAACAUGUGGAAGGAACUGAUGGAACUGCAACUCGCGUUAUUUCGCCACGAAGAAAAGCUUUUCGCUGCAGUUGCGCUGGGGUCUUCCUUUGCCAUUGUUUUGACUUUUUUGAAGCAAAAAGAAAUGGAGCGGCGAGACGGUGUGACAGCACGAAGUGGGGCCAAGGAUGCUGUCGGAAGGAUUUUUCUGUCCAAAUCUGAUCUUCAGACCGUGAAAAAGUUGUUUUUCCAGAAGGUUCCAGUUACAACCGCUGAGAUCCUCCGAAAAGAGAACCGAGAUCACGAUGGUGUUCAGUCGUCAUCUCUCCUUUCUAAUUUGUCUUCAGGAUCUGUUGGGGCUAGCUCACGGACGAAGUAUAAUCGUGUGGAUUUUGCUCUUGUGCUUGCCCAAGUCAGUACACCACUCGCCACACUUGAGGAGGGAUGGAAUGGUCUCUAUCAGUACUUUCACACGGCCUUCUCAGCCAUGUCACAUUUUUCCUCACCUCCGCGGUCCGAAGUUCAGCUUUCCUCGCGACAUUUACUUGGUUCACUUGAAGUGUACCUUCUGACGCUGUGUCUUUUUCCCAAUCUCAUCCGAAUAUCAGAAGCUUCCUUCCCCACUUCGGGGACUUUUGAUUUCAACGAGAUUAAGGUUCCAGGCGAGGGGAGGCAACCCGUAACGGAUGCCCACCAAGUCGCCGAACACUCAGUACGACCUUCGCGACCGUUUGAUAAGAUAAGCCAGAAAUUUCUACCCUUCGCGCCGCUACUUCUCCGGGCCACUAUCCAGCACAUCCAAAAACACCUGCAAGGGGGUUCAGCGCGUCCUAAGAGCCGCAAUCUCAAACAAAUCGCAUCCGAUGACGAGAAGGACGCCCUUCUCUCGUCAUUGUUGAGUUGUGCGACCGCGAUUGUUGUGCGUCUUGCGCAGUUCCCCCUCACACUGGCUGACAGCGUCGAGUGGGCAGAAGUUUUGCGGGAUCAGCGAGCAGGGAAAAUGCCACGCAAUGAAAUUCAACACAGCAAACAGUCUGGGAAAGGUAACUUCGCAACGGCCCAGGCCUUGCACGACACAUUUCUACUUGUGCCUCGAUUUCUUUUCGCGCUUCGCCUCCACAUAUCUCCAAAAGAAACCAAUACGGCGAAUGAGCAGUCUGAUGAAGACAAAUCUGAGCAAGAUUCAGUGAGUAAAAAACAGAGUCGUCAUGAUGCCGCGUCAUCAAUCAAGGGAGUUUUGGUCAAUCACCCCGCUGUUGUGGACAAUGUGUUUUAUCAGAUGCUUCGCGUGCUGUGGUUCAUGAUAAGUUCAGGGCAUCCACUUUUUUCCGAAGACAGUCGUGGUGUUGAUACGCCUUCGAAGUUUGUUCUUAUGAUGCGUGUGGGGUUGCAGGCCCUCUUUGCUGUUCCCGAUAGCGCCUUGGGCAGCCGAGUUCAUAGAGGAGUACUUUCGAGAUGCACCAGACGAACGGUGGAGCUUGCGCAGCACAUUCUUUUCUACCUAAAUGUCCGAGAUGUGGAUAGGAUGCGGGUGCUCACGAUGGGUGAAACAUCUGCGGACGACGAAGGUUUUAAUCUUGAGGAGGGUGAAGAACAUUCCCGAGACGACACCAUGGGACAUGCUACAAUGUCUACCAAAACAGGCAUGGCAGAUAUCUUGUUGAUGCUACCUCCCCCCUUGCCAUUAAAGGCGUCCUAA